UUUUAAAUCUAUUUUUGAAGCUCGCAUGACUUCUAAAUUACAAAACUAUGAACUUCAGAAGCCAGACAGGAAAACAGAUGAGUUUGAAAAGCCAGACAGACAGUUCAAUGACUUUAAGAGGCAAGGCAAGCAGACAAACGACAUUGGGAGGUCAGACAGACACGCAGUCAACCUUGAAAGGCUAGACAGAGAGGUACGUGACCUAAAGAGGCCCGACGGACAGACAGACAACCUUGAGAAGCUGUACAGAAGUUCCAAUAACCUGUAGACGUCAGACAAGAAGACAGACGGCCUUGAAAAGCCGAACAGCCAGGUCAAUGACCUUAUGAUGAGGUCAGACAGGAAGACAGACACGGCCUUGAGAAGUCAGACAGACGGGUCAAUGACCUUAAUAUGCUAGACAAGCUAGCAUAUGACAUUGGAAAGCCAGUCAGACAUGCAACCAACCUUGCGAAGCAAGACAGAGAGGUCAGUGACCCAAGGAGGCUCGACCGACAGACUAACAGACGACCUUGAGAAGCCGCACAAAUGGACCAAUAACCUAUAAAGACCAUAAAUAAGAAGACAUUCGACCUUGAGCCGCUGUAUAGACGAACCAAUGGUGUUAAGAGGUUAUACAUGAAGACAAACGACCAUGAGACGAUGGAUGUAUGGGUCAAUGACCUUAUAAGGCCUGACAGAAAGACUAAUCGACUUUGAGAGCCUAAACAGGUUGUUCUGGGAUGAGGAGGGAGGGAAGUGCUCCAACGUCGGGACUGAGUAGGUACUAUAAAUAAACAGCUCUAUCGAUGCUUUAGAUCCUUAAAACAUAAUUUUCGCAGAUUUUGGCCUUAUUGGGAGUGCUACGAAUUCACCAGCCCUACUCGACGAUUUUUUAAAAAUGGCGUGAGGGAAAGAGGGAUGUAGGUACUCUGAAUUUGGGACUAUGCACGCUUUGUUCCUUGACAUAAUUUCUGACAGAUUACAAUGUUUACAACUUGAGGUGCAAGGGGUAGUCACGACUCAAAGACCCUAAAUCUUCAAACACAGCAAGUGUUCUAGUUUGACCACAAACGAAAAGAUCAACUUCAAACUAGCAUAGGAUAUGCAUAACAGCACGGAAAAUAAAUUUCCUGCUCUUUUAUCACAGAACAACAAAUAAAACAGACGAAAAAAUUGAGAGGAUAAAAGGAAACAAAAAAAAAUAAAGAAAAUGUAUUGCCGAUUGUUUGCAUUCGUAGAACAUUCAGUUUCUGUGGAGAGAAUAAUACGGCGUUAGGGUAGUAUUUACUCGAUUUCUCGUCGACGAAACGUCCUCGAUGAAAAUACCAUUCACUUAGAGUUUUCAAUAAGAUUUAUUUACUCGAAUAGGCAAAGAAAAUGUAUGCAUUUGCAAUAGUAAUGGUACAUUGAUAACACACCCACCAUGCGGUAACUUCUAUUCACAAUACCUACUUUACGAAUUUACAGAUGACUAUAAUACAUACACACGAUGAGCAACGAGCAUCCUCCACUAUUUGUUCUUCUUGGUGACCUUAAAAACAAUACGUCUAUAAUUGGAAACGCUAUGGUUUUCACUUAAUUGAAUUUCAUUCACCCAAUACACUACACUUUGAGUCGCGUAAGUAACUAGAUAUUUUUACACGAAAUUGCACAACUUGGGUAAGUAUUUGAUGACGAUUUGAAGCCAAGUAGGUGAUAAUACGUAAUAAUUGUAAUAAAAAGAAUCAGGCUUUUGUUAUUUCCUUUACGAAGGACUUUCCCAUUUUUCAAAUAGGUUCUAAUAAAGAAAGAUUCUCGCUAGGUAGGUAUUAUAUAUUUUUUUUUGCGGUUGCAAAAAGAAAUUUCUCUAUAGCAGAUGCAGUUUAGACUUUGCACAAUACCUCAUAGGUAUAUAAGAAAUAAUUCUCGACAACAAUAUCGAACAAAUCGUAAGUUUCAUCAACCACACAUCAUUCCCGCACGUUGAGCAAGCAUAAGAUAUGCAAAAAUAGAUCAAGCGAUAAUACGACCGAGAAGAAAUUGAAAUGAGAAAUCGUAAAAUUCAUUAAUCGUUAAACCAUUAUCACAGUAUUUUAUACCGAUACCGAGAGUUUUUUUUUUCUAAAAUAAGAAAAAAUGAAAGUUUACCAUAUUGGUUUAUUACUCGGGUACAUGACUUUGUUUCAAAUCAUAAUAGUUUCAAAAUGUGAAGAGGACACGUUAUCGGAUAUUUCAGAUAUCCUAACAUCAUUUAGGAACUGGAUAUCGGGUUCGAACAAAUCUGUAAUUUUUUUAUUGAUGUACACACGAGAAUCUAAUUCACCGAUCAAACUGGAUUUACCAAUAAAAAAUAAUUCACUGCUGCGAGGAAAAAUAUCAAAGGAGAAACCACUCGUACUAAUCAUCCACGGAUUCAUAUCAGACGGUGAAGAGAAAUGGACGAAAGAGUUGGUACAAGCUUAUCUCAAACGAAAAGAUGCUGUAGUAGGAGUUGUAGACUGGAGCAGUACAGCUAAAACAAUAAAUUACUUCGAUGCAGUUGAUGCAGUGCCCAAUGUAGCCGAUCAGUUGAUUCGGUUCAUAAAACUUUUAAUCAAAGAAUUUCAAGUGAAACCUAAAAAUAUCCACAUCAUAGGGCACAGUUUAGGAGCCCAUAUUGCUGGCAAUGUUGGAAAAGGCAUAGCAUCAAUACACAGAAUAACAGUGAAUUUUCACUUUUCAGGUUUGGAUCCUGCAGGAAUUGGCUUCAUAGACCAAUCUUCAACAGUAUUAUCGUUAUCCAAAACUGAUGCUACAUUCGUAGACGUGGCUCACACGAAUUCCAUUCUAGGGAAUUUUCAACUCCUUGGUUCUGUAGAUUUUUUUAUAAACGAUAACGAUAGAAUUCAACCCGGAUGUAAUCAGACUAAUGAUCAAGACACUCAUUUUUAUCAUAAGAUCAAGCAUCACGAAUGUUCUCAUCGUUUGGCAAUACACUAUUUCAUCGAAUCGAUCAAUAAUUCAAAAUGUUUAUUUGUAGCCAGCGAAACAAAAGAACGAGCGAACAAGAUAUUUUCGAAAGAUUUUGAUCCAAAACGAGAUACUGUACUAGGAUUGGAUACCUUCAAGUACAAGGCUCGAGGAAAACUUUAUAUCACAACCAAUAAGUUUUCUCCUUAUUGUAGAAAUACCUCAUCAAAUAGCAACUGUGAUUAGAAUUUUUUCAACUGCUCUAUUAUAAAAAUAACCUAGUCAUUUUCAAAACUCUCCUCCCCAAUUUUAAAUGGAUAUGUCUUUUCAGGGGGGGGGUCUUUUUAAAAUCUACGUGAAGCUGAUCUCCGUCACACAGAUGUACACCACAUGACCCAUUUUCGUUUUAUCUCCGGGUCCAAAAAAUCUACGGGUUCGCAUACAAAAUAUAGAACGGAAUUGUGUUUUA